AGCUAGAAGUCUGGGGGGCACCCGAGAGGGAGGCUCGGGAUGGAGCAUCCGGAGGUUACUGCGGGGGUACCGAGGCUGCAGUGCGGAGGUGGGAGCCUGGACUUCUCAAGCCCAUGUCCUUCCCAGGGUAGGAGCAUAAAGGAAGGAAUGACCUCUACGCUGCUGACAGCCAGGUUCCAGCAUCCAGUAACAUUCAGAGAUGUAGCUGUGGACUUCUCAUUGGAGGAGUGGAGACGCCUGAGCCCUGCUCAAAGGCACCUGUACAGGGAUGUGAUGCUGGAGAACUAUGAGAACCUGGUGUCUUUGGGGCUUUCAGUUUCUAAACCAGAUGUCAUCUCCCAGUUGGAGAAAGAAGUACCAUGGAUACCUGAGGGAGAAUUUCCAAGUGGCCCUUAUCCAGAUUCUUUUAAUCAGAAGACUAGGUAUGAAAACAAGGACUCAAUUCUGACUGAGGACACUUGCCUGGAUACUUUGCCCAAGGAAAAAGGACCACAGAACAAUCCCUGGUAUCUCAACAUAGGAGAAUCUGGGGAAUGUGAGGUCAACUUGGAGAGCCAGAAAGGCCUCCAGGAGGGAGCCCAGGAGUUAACAGUCACUCACAAAGGAACAUUUUGUAAAGCAAAUGUCCUUGAUUGUAAUUCCUUUGUGAAACAUUUUAGUCUGGGGCCAGUCUUUUUUCCACAGUGGAGAGCUGCCAUAGGAAAAAGCCUCCAUAAAUAUAAUACACUUAGAAAGAACUUCAGACAGUUUUCAGACAGAAUUCAGCGUAAUGCAGUUGCCUCAGGGAAGAAACUUAAUCUUCAUAACACAGAAAGGAAAACGCUCAGUUAUCACUCGGACCUCAUCAAAUGUCAUAGAACGUGUGCUAGUGAAAAGCUGUAUGAAUAUAAUGAUGGUAGAAAAGCCUUUGACAAAAGAAUGAAUCUUACUGAACAUCAGACUGUUCAUACUAGAGAGAAACUCUUUGAAUGUAAUGAAUGUGGGAAAGGCUUCAGACGAAAGCAUUAUCUUAAAAGCCAUCAGAGAACUCAUACUGGAGUGAAACCCUUUGAAUGUAAUGAAUGUGGGAAAGCCUUCAAUGACAGUCGGAACCUAAUUAGACACCAGAAAAUUCAUACUGGAGUGAAACCAUUUGAAUGUAAUGAUUGUGGGAAAGCUUUCAAUGAGAGGCAGUCCCUUAUAAGACAUGAGAGAACUCAUUCUGGAGUGAAACCCUUUAAAUGUAACGAAUGUGAAAAGGCCUUCGGCUGGAGGGAAAACCUCAUUAGCCAUCAGGGAACUCAUACUGGGAUCAAACCCUUUGAAUGUAAUGAAUGUGGGAAAGGCUUCAGACGAAAGCAUUACCUUAAAAGCCAUCAGAGAACCCAUAUUGGAGUGAAACCCUUUGAAUGCAACGAAUGUGGAAAAGCCUUCAAUGACAGUCGGAACCUUAUCAGACACCAGAAAAUUCAUACUGGGGUGAAGCCUUUUGAAUGUAAUGUAUGCGGGAAAGCCUUCAAUGAGAGGCAGACCCUUAUUAGACAUGAGAGAACUCAUACUGGUGUGAAACCCUUUGAAUGUAAUGAAUGUGAAAAAGCUUUUAUGCGGAAGGAUUGUCUUAAGAGCCAUCAGAGAACUCAUACUGGAGUGAAACCUUUUGAAUGUAAUGAAUGUGGGAAAGCCUUUAGUCAGAAGGGACACUUUAUUAUCCAUCAGAGAACCCACACUGGAGUGAAACCCUUUAAAUGUAAUGAAUGUGGGAAAGCUUUCAAUGACAGGCAGUCCCUUAUUAGACAUCAGAGAACCCACACUGGAGUGAAACCCUUUAAGUGCAACGAAUGUGGGAAAGCCUUCAAUGACAGGCAGAAUCUUAUUAGGCAUCUGAGGACUCAUACUGGAGUCAAACCCUUUGAAUGUAAUGAAUGCGGAAGAGCCUUCAAUGACAGGCAGAACCUUAUUAGACAUCAGAGAAUUCAUACUGGGGGGAAGCCCUUUGAAUGUAAUGAAUGUGGAAAAGCCUUUAGUGCCAGCCAGAACCUUAUAAGACAUCAGAGAAUUCAUACUGUAGGGAAACCCUUUGAAUGCAAUGAAUGUGGGAAAUCCUUCAGUCAGAAAGGACACCUUAUUAGUCAUCAGACAAUUCAUACUGGAGCAAGAGCCUUUGAAUGUAAUGAAUGUGGGAAAGCGUUCAGCCAGAGAGGAAGCCUCAACAGACAUCAGAGAACUCAUACUGGAAUGUAGCCCUUUGAAUAAAAGGAAUGUGGAAAAGCUUUCAGGCAUAAGAAAUACCUUAAAGCCAUCAGAGCUCAUAUUGGAGUGAAAUCUAUUUAAUGUGGAGAUGUCUUCAGCCACACAAGAGGCCUUAUUUAUCAUCAGAGAACCUCAUACUGCAGUGAAACCACUUGAAUGCAAUGAAUGUUGCAAAGCUUUCCAUGAGACACAUCAUUAUUAGAUAUCAUACAAGUCAUACUAGAGUGAAAGUAAUAAGAGUGGAGAAGCCAUCAGUGAGAGGUGGACCCUUGGUAGGCAUAAGAAAAUUCAUGCUAGAGUGAAACUUUGAAUGCAACGAAUGGAAAAAUCCUCAGAUCCUAGAGAUGCCUUAUUAGCCAUCCAAGAACUCAAACUGGAGAGAACCCCUUUUAAUCCAAUGUAUGUUGGAAAGCCUUCAAUAGGAAGGGUUACUACCAGAGAAUUCAUUCUGGAAUGAAGCCCUUUUAAUGUAAUAAAGGUGGGAAAGCCACCAUCAGACUCAUAUUGGCCCCAAAUCCAUUGAAUCAAUAAAUAAGGAAUUCACUAAGCACCUACUCAGGGGGGCUGAGAUUCUGAGUUUUCUGCCAGAGAACAUAAUUUAGUUGUAUGUUUGGUUACAAUGUACUAUUUCCAGUAGCUAGGUGGUGUAAUGGAUAGAUUGUGUUCAGGAAAACUCGAAUUCAAAUCCGGCCUCAG